AAGACACUGAAGUGUUCCUUAAGAGCUAUAGUUUCUUUUAUUAACGUGUCGCGUCCCAUUUGACGCCAAAAUGAUCGGAAAAAUCCUAAUUCUCGCCACGGUCGCCGUGGCCAACGCCAGACAUGUUUUGGUAGAAAACAAUGGAGCUUCAACGACGAGUGAUCUUUGUCCAGCGGAGGGCCACCACCUGCUUCCCCACGAGUGGGACUGCACAAAGUUCUACUACUGCGAGUAUGGGCAGAAGUGGGUCACGCCGAGGGACUGUGCUCCGGGAACUGAGUUCUCAUAUGAAAUUCAGACUUGUGUACACCCGGAUGAUGCAAACUGCCAACUGCCAAGAGUUCCUCCUACGUCCGAAAAGAGCGAGGAGUCAGCGGAGACCGAAGCUGGAAGCGCUGAGAAUGGAAACAGCAACAGUAACGAGCAUAACAGCAACGAGAACCAUGGAAACAGCAAUGAAAACAACGGAAGUAGCGAAGAAAGCGGCAUUUUACCCAACGGAUGCCCUGCUGGCUUCAACGUCCAUCAGCUGUUGCCUCAUGAAAGUGAUUGUGCCAAGUUCUACUACUGCGUGUUUGGAAUGAAGAUCGAGAGAGAUUGUGCCCUGGGAACUCAUUUCAACCCUACUUUACAGGUGUGCGACUGGCCACAAAACGCUGGAUGUGCCAACGCCGGCAGCGGUGAAAACGAAUCUACUGGAAGCGCUGACAAUGGAAGCAGCAACGAAGGAAACGGAAACAGCGGCAGCAACGAGAACCAUGGAAACAGCAAUGAAAGCAACGGAAGUAGCGAAGAAAGCGGCAUUUUACCCAACGGAUGCCCUGCUGGCUUCAACGUCCAUCAGCUGUUGCCUCAUGAAAGUGAUUGUGCCAAGUUCUACUACUGCGUGUUUGGAAAGAAGAUCGAGAGAGAUUGUGCCCCGGGAACUCAUUUCAACCCUACUUUACAGGUGUGCGACUGGCCACAAAACGCUGGAUGUGCCAACGCCGGCAGCGGUGAAAACGAAUCUACUGGAAGCGCUGAGAAUGGAAGCAGCAACGAAGGAAACGGAAACAGCGGCAGCAACGAGAACCAUGGGAACAGCAAUGAAAGCAACGGAAGUAGCGAAGAAAGCGGCAUUUUACCCAACGGAUGCCCUGCUGACUUCAACGUCCAUCAGCUGUUGCCUCAUGAAAGCGAUUGUGCCAAGUUCUACUACUGCGUGUUUGGAAAGAAGAUCGAGAGAGAUUGUGCCCCGGGAACUCAUUUCAACCCUACUUUACAGGUGUGCGACUGGCCACAAAACGCUGGAUGUGCCAACGCCGGUAGCGGUGAAAACGAAUCUAAUGGAAGCGCUGAGAAUGGAAAUAGCAACAGUAACGAGAAUAAUGGAAACAGCAACGAAAACAACGGAAGUAGCGAAGAAAGGGGCAUUUUACCCAACGGAUGCCCUGCUGACUUCGAUGUUGAUCAGCUGUUGCCUCAUGAAAGUGACUGUACCAAGUACUACGACUGCGUGUUUGGAGAGAAGGUCGAGAGAGAUUGUGCCCCUGGAGCUCAUUUCAGCGCUGCUUAUCAGGCAUGCGUCAGGCCAGAAGACGCUGCAUGUGCCAACGCCGGCAGCGGUGAAAACGAAUCUACUGGAAGCGCUGAGAAUGGAAACAGCAACAGUCACGAGGACAAUGGAAAUAGCAAUGAAAGCAACGGAAGUUGCGAAGAAAGCGGUAUUUUACCCAACGGAUGCCCUGCUGACUUCGAUGUCCAUCAGCUGUUGCCUCAUGAAACUAACUGUGCCAAGUUCUACUACUGCGUGUUUGGAGAAAAGGUCGAGAGAGAUUGUGCCCCGGGAACUCAUUUCAACCCUACUUUACAGGUGUGCGACUGGCCACAAAACGCUGGAUGUGCCAACGCCGGCAGCGGUGAAAAUGAAUCUACUGGAAGCUCUGAAAAUGGAAGCAGCAACGAAGGAAACGAAAACAGCGGCAGCAACGAGAACCAUGGAAACAGCAAUGAAAGCAACGGAAGUAGCGAAGAAAGCGGCAUUUUACCCAACGGAUGCCCUGCUGACUUCAAUGUUCAUCAGCUGUUGCCUCAUGAAAGCGAUUGUGCCAAGUUCUACUACUGCGUGUUUGGAGAGAAGGUCGAGAGAGAUUGUGCCCCGGGAACUCAUUUCAACCCUACUUUGCAGGUGUGCGACUGGCCACAAAACGCUGGAUGUGCCAACGCCGGCAGCGGUGAAAACGAAUCUACUGGAAGCGCUGAGAAUGGAAGCAGCAACGAAGAAAACGGAAACAGCGGCAGCAACGAGAACCAUGUAAACAGCAAUGAAAGCAACGGAAGUAGCGAAGAAAGCGGCAUUUUACCCAACGGAUGCCCUGCUGACUUCAAUGUCCAUCAGCUGUUGCCUCAUGAAAGCAAUUGUGCCAAGUUCUACUACUGCGUGUUUGGAGAGAAGGUCGAGAGAGAUUGUGCCCCGGGAACUCAUUUCAACCCUACUUUACAGGUGUGCGACUGGCCACAAAACGCUGGAUGUGCCAACGCCGGUAGCGGUGAAAACGAAUCUAAUGGAAGCGCUGAGAAUGGAAACAGCAACAGUAACGAGAAUAAUGGAAACAGCAACGAAAACAACGGAAGUAGCGAAGAAAGCGGCAUUUUACCCAACGGAUGCCCUGCUGACUUCGAUGUUGAUCAGCUGUUGCCUCAUGAAAGUGACUGUACCAAGUUCUACGACUGCGUGUUUGGAGAGAAGGUCGAGAGAGAUUGUGCCCCGGGAACUCAUUUCAACCCUACUUUACAGGUGUGCGACUGGCCACAAAACGCUGGAUGUGCCAACGCCGGCAGCGGUGAAAACGAAUCUACUGGAAGCGCUGAGAAUGAAAGCAGCAACGAAGAAAACGGAAACAGCGGCAGCAACGAGAACCAUGGAAACAGCAAUGAAAGCAACGGAAGUAGCGAAGAAAGCGGCAUUUUACCUAACGGAUGCCCUGCUGACUUCAAUGUCCAUCAGCUGUUACCUCAUGAAAGCGAUUGUGCCAAGUUCUACUACUGCGUGUUUGGAGAAAAGGUCGAGAGAGAUUGUGCCCCGGGAACUCAUUUCAACCCUACUUUACAGGUGUGCGACUGGCCACAAAACGCUGGAUGUGCCAACGCCGGUAGCGGUGAAAACGAAUCUAAUGGAAGCGCUGAGAAUGGAAACAGCAACAGUAACGAGAAUAAUGGAAACAGCAACGAAAACAACGGAAGUAGCGAAGAAAGCGGCAUUUUACCCAACGGAUGCCCUGCUGACUUCGAUGUUGAUCAGCUGUUGCCUCAUGAAAGUGACUGUACCAAGUUCUACGACUGCGUGUUUGGAGAGAAGGUCGAGAGAGAUUGUGCCCCGGGAACUCAUUUCAACCCUACUUUACAGGUGUGCGACUGGCCAGAAAAUGCUGCAUGUGCCAACGCCGGCAGUGAUGAAAGCGGAGAGAGCAAUGAAAAUAACAACGGAGAAUCUGGAGCUAGCGAAAGUGCUGAAAACGGCAGCCAAGAAGAAUCAGACAAAUGUAAGACUUCUUGCAAUGUAGGUGCAUGGGCUCAUGAACACGACUGCGAUAAAUUCUGGCGCUGUGACGGAGAAAACGCUGUCUUAGGCACAUGCUCUGAAGGUCUACAUUUCAAUGUUCAGACUCAGACUUGCGAUUUCAUCUGCAAUGCUAACUGCGUGAGAGAUGAUGUCGAAAGUACUCCGGAAAAAGAAGGUUUGAAAUUGUUCCUGCCUUGGAACAAGGUUGAUAAGACUAUCAGAAAAUUAUAUCUUGGACAUAAGUAAUUCUUGAAGCUUUAGUUCAGUAAAGAUGUCAG